AUGGAGAAGCUGGGUUCCCUGGAACCUCCACGCCCGUCCCCGGGUGCAGGGCUUGUUGCUGGGCCUGUUGCUGGGGUGUCUAUUGCCAAGACAGCAGGGGUUGAGGGAGACGAGGCGGCGGCAGCGGUCAGCUCCAAACUGUUUUGGUGUGCAUGCGUUACACGUUGGCUACCAUUGGUCUAUAGAGAAGAACUUUACCAAGUCUUAUGGCUCACGGGCCCACUGCUGCUGUCUCGGAUUCUGGACUUCCUCCUGCCGUUUGUUAGCAGCAUAUUCUGUGGUCACAUUGGCAAUGCAGAACUGGCUGGAUACGCUCUGGCCUCAGCGACCAUUAACGUGACCACAGCUUCAACAGGGUAUGGCCUUGGUGUGGCUUGUAACACACUCGUUUCUCAGACAUUCGGCAGUAAGAACAUGAAACGUGUAGGAGUGAUUCUCCAAAGGAGUUCAUUGAUCCUGCUGCUGUUUUGUCUGCCCUGUUGGGGUCUUCUCAUCAACUCUCACAACUUACUGCUCAUCCUGUACCAAGAGGUUGAGGUGGCAAGAAUUGCCCAGCUCUACGUGAUGGCAUUUCUUCCAGCUGUGCCAGCAAUGUUCCUUCACCAGUUGCAAGUUGCCUACCUGCAAAACCAAGGGAUUAUUCUGCCUCAGAUGUACACAGCAGCGGCAGCAAACAUUUUCAACUUGGGGGCGAACUACGUCUUAAUCUUCAGCCUCCAGCUGGGUGUCAUUGGAUCAGCAAUUGCUAACAGCCUCUCUCAGAUCGCCAUCUGCUUGCUGUUGUUUGGCUACAUCAGAUGGAAGAAGCUCCAUAAGCAGACAUGGGGAGGCUGGUCCACUGACUGUCUUCAGGAGUGGGGCUCCUAUAUGAAGCUGGCUAUUCCCAGUGUUUUCAUGACCUACUUUGAAUGGUGGAUCUGGGACAUUGGCGGUUUCCUUGCUGGUGUACUUGGCGAGGUGGAUCUUGCCGCUCAGCAUGUGUUGGUGGAAAUAGGAGCCAUAAUAUAUAUGUUCCCUCUAGGUAUCCAUGGUGCUGCCUGUGUGCGUGUUGGGAAUGCUCUGGGGGCCGGGAAUACUACUGGGGCCAUAGUCACCUGCAAAGUGGUCCUGGUUUUAACAGGAGUACUUGCUGUGUUCCAGGGUUUUGUCAUCGCUGGCAGUAAGUCUGUCGUUGGCUACAUAUUUACCUCUGAUGAAAAUAUUGUGACGAUUGUCUCAGAGAACCUCACAAUCUACGCAUUUGUACAAGUCUUUGACACACUUCUGUGUGUCUGCUCAGGGAUUCUUGUAGGAUCUGGGAUGCAGAAAAUUGCUGCCGUGUCCAACCUGGUGUCUUACUACUGCAUCGGCAUGCCAGUAGGAAUAGCUCUGAUGUUUGCUGCCAAGCUCAGAGUAAAAGGCUGGUGGCUGGGUCUCUUGAUAUGUGUUUUCUUUGAGACGGGUUUCUUCCUUGUUCUAAUCUUCAAACUCAACUGGAAGAAAGUCACACACAAAGCUCAACUGCGAGCUGGAAAGAAAGUAGUGGUUAUACCGAAGCGUCCACUUGGUACAGUGCUGAGUGAAGCGAUGAUGCCUGACAUCUCUGACUGCCCUUCAGUCCAGUUGGAUGGUGAAGAAGCCCCUAAAGCAGAUGGCUACAGUCCAGUCAACACCCAGGAUCAGGAGCAGAAAGUGGGUCGCGAGGCAGGGGGCAACAACACAAAUGCAGGAGUAACUGAGAGGGAUGUUGAGCAGAGCAAAAAUACCAAACCUGAAGCACUACUUCCUGUCACUCAGCUGAUUUUGCGUCGGGGGCUCAUCGCAUUGGUUUCAGUUCUCAUUUUGGCCAUAGGUGUAAUUUUUCACAUUGCUUUCCCUGCACCAGAGCCCUCUGCUCAGAGUAAGGCCAAUUUCACCUUGAACUGGGCUAAUGACUCCACUCCUACACCACUGGCUCCACUGGACCUGACCCCAAACCACUGAGCUGAUCUUUGACCUCUGAAUGUAGAUAUCUAGUGGCUGAACACGGUUCUCACAAAUUGACAAUUUAGAUCAACUUUAGAGAAAAGUGUUGAAUUCCUGCUUUAAGUUUCAUAGUCUACUAACAGACAUGUGUUGUUAUUUUGAAAAACUACAGCCCACCAUGGGCUACUGGCUCUGUCUCAUGUAGAGAGAAAGAUGUCUCAGUGUUGCACUACUGAAAGCUGCAUGUAAUAUCAAAUGAGACUGGCAUGAUGAACAAAGGUCUUGUUAGAAACAUCAUGUUUUAACCUGCUCAGCCUGAGAUGCUCAACUACAAGACACAUUAUAAAUCCCUCACUAAGCGACCACGUGGGCAUCAAGGAACAGGUGUUCUUCUACUGAUAGCUUAAAUUUUUAUACCUAUUUUUGUCUUGAUUUACAUAUUGCUAUGUGACUUAUAUUUUCUUUCUUACUGACCUUAAUCAUUUUCUUGUUUUUUAACUAGGUGUCAGAUUCACUGUAAAUAUCAGAUGUAAAAUUGAGAUGUAUACAUGUAAUAUGUAAUAUGUAGUACAGUAUAUGUAACUAUACAGGCAAGCUAUGCAUUACUGCAAUGUCUUCCUGUAUCACUCUGUCCUGGUAUUCUCCAAGAUAGGUUAUUAAUAAAUAAUAAGCUAGUUAUUUUUACUGCAUAUGUAUGGAUAAUAAUAUAAUGACAUGUGAUAGCACCCUAAUCAAUAAAAUUACCUUUAAAGUCUAUAACAAUGAAACUAACCACAAGUUGCAUGGUCGCUCCAAAACCCAAAUUAUAUUAUAGUAGCCCAAACCUUUUUUUUUUAGAUUCUUCUUGUAAACAUGCACUUAAAGGGAAGUAAUCCAAACUAUUUUGCCAUGGAUUCAAAAAUUAAAUCACCAAUUAUAAUAUUAUAUCAGCAGCAGUUGUCACAACAUCCAACAGCUGUCUUACCAAAGGGCAGAAAAUGCUACUCUUGCUCCUGCUAGCAUGUAGAUGUAAACUGCUAAAGUAGCUACUUUCACAUGGGGUAGUCCCCUUAAAAAAGACAACAAUUGGACUAAGAGAUAAAGAACCAAACUAAAUAUUUAAUUUUCAUCAUAUUCCUUCAAAGUAACUACACAGAGUUUUAACUGGUUAUGAAACAGUCUAAUACCGACUACAUAUGACCUAUAUAAGCAAACAAUCAGUGAGAAGAAAGUUUUGCAGUUACUAUUAAGUUAGCCAGGUAAAAGGAGGUGGAAGGAGAUUUUUUCUUUAGAGAAUUGUAUUUUUGACAAAGUACUAUUACUGAGCAAAUGUCAGUUGUAGCUGACAUGUAACCUAGGUGUAUAAACGGUACUAAAACAAAUUUUACCUUGUUUCAUCAUCGUCUUGUUACAAUUAAUAAUCUUACAUAGCCAAAUAGAUACGUUACCUCAUUGCUAUGCAUCCGCCAAACAGCUGUAAAAGAGGGAAAUAGUUUAAAAAUAGGUUGCGUCUUUCUUUCACUCGCUUCCAAAACAAAUGCAGGUUCUAAGAGUUUGUACUAUUUUGCAGUGAUUAGGACUUUUUUAGACGUUAAGUGUAGACACCCUGAGAAAUGGCACUUGGAUUUGUUAAUGAGGUUUUAGCACAAUCAGUUGGUAAAGGUAGGCUACUCAUGAUGUGGUUGCUUUAGUUAAUGUGUAUGAACUGAAACGACUAUAAUUAAUAAAUGUGUUGGAAACUA